AUGUCUGACUCUGGCUUAAAUUCAAUAUCCUCGAGUUCUGAUUCAGGCUCAGGCUCGGCGGAUGAAGGUGUCCAACAGCCUGUGGCUCCACCGGGUGGUAAUGCUUCUAUUGAUCACUACAAAGAGUAUAUUAAAUACCUCCAGCUUCAACAAGAGUGGCUCCAGAAGCAGAAUAUGUCUCUGAAUGAGAGCAACAAUGUUCUUGCUGCGCAACAGCUGAAAUGUUCUCGCAAACACCCUCAAAUUUCAUCAUCCAGGGUACCAUCUGUAUCACAAGGAUCUGUAGCACUGUCUAUGUCUUCUGCAUCCUCCAUCAUAGCUUCUGACUCAUCGAAUAUGGGUGACAUUGACUGGGACAAGCUUAUUUUAAGCUUGGCCAAAAAGUAUGCACUCACUACCGAGAUGUUUCUCCCUGACAAGGUCAUUUUUCAAACAGACUGUCCUGAUUCUCUGGUCGAUUUCUCAGAUCCAAAUUGUUAUGCAAAGAGGUCUACAGAAAAGGACACACUUGUCACUGAACUCUAUGCAUCCAUCAACCAUGUGUUGCAUGCUCGGAUGCGAACAAAUCUGUUCUUCAACCAGUUUGGGAGUGGAAUGCAGCAAGCUCGCUCUUCAUUCCUAAACAGUCUGCGUACCAUUGCAGGUGGCAUCUUCAACAUGCCUAACAAGUUUUUUGUUUCCAAAUAUGACCGUACUUCCCUCCGGCAGGUCACGGACUUGAUUGGAUGGGAAGCAGGCAAGGGAAAGAUUUAUGAUAUCUUCAAGGCGCCAAUACUUUACCCCAACCAUGUCGUGAACGAGAAGAAAAUUUUCAAAAAUUGGAUCGUCAUCGCAAAGGUUAUCAAGGUCGCAAUAUGUGGAAAGGCAUCAUUGUAUUCCAAAGUGCAUGGUGGACCACCUUCCUAUGCCAAGAUAUGGAAGCUUACAAGCUGCACUCCUGACCUGAUUGCAUUUGGUGUCACAUCAAUCAUAUUUGUCCUAUCUCCGGACCAGGAAUUUUCGGGUGUUGGAGUUGGUGCUAUUUCCUCAUUCAUCGUUAAGUGGACCCACCAGCGCAUCAAAUCUAUUGUCGAUGAAAUCAAUGGAUAUGUCUUCGGUAGUACCGUAAAGAUGCAGCCAUCCGAUGACACUCAAUGUACAGUGGAGCGCAUUACUGAAUCACUCAAUCACAUUAUGGCUGCGCUAGACGCUAGUGAUUCAGACUCAACCGAUGACUCGGAAUCAUUGGAAUAUGCUAACUUGCAAGAGCAGGCUACUAAUAAAGAUGUACACCUUACCACUGCAGCUGCAGCUGCAACCUCGCAACCUAUUAUGUUCACCGUCGACACUCCUCAACUCGAAGUUGCAGCCCUGGGGCCUGCUAUCAUUCCACAGUCUUCUAUCUCAACUCCACCUAUCCAGACACCCAUGACACCGCAUGCAGAGACUUCGGCCAAGCCCCAGGAUCAGAGUGAUGAUGCAUUGCCGCCAACACCAGGCUUAUUGGUGUUACCAAACCUCAGGCAAAGGCAUCCAGGGGCAAGAAGAGCACUAAAGAUGUGGCAGCAAUAUAUUUGA